AUGAAUAUCAAGUCAGCAGUGCAACAAAUUUGCAUUACUAAUGUUAAAUAUGCUAGGCAUACUUUACAAUUAAGUGUAAAUUUAGGGCUAAAGAAAGUAGAAGGGCUUAUCUCAAAGUGUAAAAUGCUUGUUUCUAUUUUGUUAAAAGAAAAAAAAAAAAAGCAACUUUGUGAAACACAAUUGCAAAUCAUCCUGAGACUUAAACAACCAUUAGAUGUUAUUAAAGAUAAAGUUAGAAAAGAAGUAGAAAUGAUGAGGUUUUUUCUUUCUUCAGAAGAAGAAUUUGAAUUAUUGAAAAAACUCAUUGUAAUUAUUUCUCCUUUUAAUGAAGCAACAGAAUUUUUAAGUAAAUCUAAAUAUCCAAUACUUGGCUUUAUAACAUCAAUGUUAGAAGAACUUGCAUAUCAGCUUAAAAACUUUAUUAAUCUAAAUGAUGAAGUGAUCUUGGUUAGAGACACAAUCUUGAAAAAUUUGAUUAAACAGUAG